CAUCCAUAGUGUAUUAUGUAUAUAAAGUAUUGUUUUGGUAAUGAAUGGAGUCUGUUAAAGUCUGCUUAUGUGGAACUUCUACUUGCAGACAUACUCAGACUUAAAAAGGACCUUCAAGAGAGUUUGAAGACGAAGUUCGAACACCUCUUUGAAGGAACCACAGAAGAUGAGAACAUUCUCAACAGCUUCUUCAUUCCACUCUACAUGACAACAGGGGAGAGUGAAGGGGUCAAUAAAGAACAUGAGAUCAUGCAGAAUGAGUAUCCAUCCACAGGCAAAACAUCAGCAGAAAGGUCAAUCCACUAUAAUGAAAUCUUCAGCCCCCUAGAUGAAAAAGAGACAAAGAUCUUGACUGUGCUGACGAAGGGCAUCCCUGGCAUUGGAAAAACAGUCUCAGUGCACAUGUUCAUCCUAGACUGGGCAGAAAGGAAAUCAAAUCAGGAUAUAGAUUUAAUCUUUGUACUUCCAUUCCGAGAGCUGAAUUUGAUCAAAGAUGACUUGAGUCUUCAUGGUCUUCUGAAGGAAUUUCAUCCAGAGAUGAAUGAGGUAGAAGACACACAGAUGUUUAACAACCACAAAGUGCUGUUCAUCUUCGAUGGGAUGGAUGAAAGCAGAUGUCCUCUGGAUUUCCGAAACAAUCAGAGAGUGUCUGAUGUCACGAAGGAGUGUCCAGUCGAUGUUCUGCUGACCAACAUCAUGAAGAAGAGUCUGCUUCCCUCUGCUCUCCUCUGGAUAACCUCCCGACCUGGAGCAGCCAGUCAGAUCCCCCGCAGAACCGUCAAAAUCAACAAGGAGACAGAAGUUCGUGGCUUCCAAGGAGAACAGAGGCUUGAAUAUUUCAGGAAGAGAUUUUCUGAUGAUGAGGACCUGGCCAACAGAAUCAUCGAACACAUCAGUACAACAAGGAGCCUUUACAUCAUGUGUCACAUUCCUAUCAUGUGUUGGAUUAUUGCCAAAGUCCUAAAAGACAUGUUGAGACAAAACAACAGUGGACAUAUCCCCCAAAGUCUGACUGAAAUGUACAUUCACUUCCUGAUCACUCAAACACAGCUUGCAAUAGAGAAGUAUCAGGGGGAAACCAUCAUGGAUGAAGAGAAGGUCUUAGAAUUAAGAAAAGACUUGAUGCUGAAACUUGGACAGGUAGCUUUUGAACAGCUGGUGAAGGGGAGUGUAGUGUUCUAUGAGGAAGACCUGAGAAAAUGUGAGAUUGAUGUUGAUGAAGCUGCAGUGAAAUGUGGACUGUGCACAGAAAUCCUGAAGGUAGAACGUGGGCUGUAUAAGAAGAAGAUGUACUGCUUUGUGCACCUGAGCUUUCAGGAGUUCCUCGCUGCUCUUUAUGUGUUCUACUGCUGUGUCACCAAGAACAUCAGUGCGCUGGAGUCCUUCCUGGAGAACGUGUCUGCAGAGCUGCCCCUACAUGAAUUGCUGAAGAGAAUCGUGGACAAAGCUCUACAGAGUAAGAAUGGACACCUGGACCUGUUCCUCCGCUUCCUUCUUGGCAUCUCACUGGAGUCCAACCAGACUCUCUUACAAGGCCUUCUGCCGCAGACAGAGAACAUCUCAGAGACUAUUGAGGAGAUGAGGAAAUACCUCAGGAAGCCAGACGUAGAGAAUAUCUCACCAGAGAGGCACGUCAACCUCUUCCUCUGCUUGACUGAGAUGAACGACAGUUCAGUACAUGAGGACAUUCACCAGUUCCUCAUGUCACCAGAUCGUGAAGAAGACGCUGUCUCAUUGCAUCACUGCUCAGCGCUGUCUAAUGCACUUCUGAUGUCACAAGGCGAGCUGGAUGAGAUGGACCAGAGGAAAUACAACAUAGAUAUGCUGGGGCGAAACAGACUGGUCCCAGCAGUGAGGAAAUACAGAAAAGCUGUCCUGACUGACAUGAUACUCAGCCAUGAGGACUGUGCAUUACUGGCCUCCUCCCUCAAGUCACCAGACUGUCCUCUGAAAGAGCUGCACCUGGGGGGGAUUAAGCAGUCUGGGUUCAAUGACCUGAACAUUGUCUUUGAUGCCCUGAGAGGUCCAUACUGUAAACUGGAGACACUGAGACUGACUGACCUGAGUCUCAGCUUUCAUGACCGUACAUCACUGGCCUCCAACCUACGGUCACCAGACUGUCCUCUGAGAGAGCUGCACCUGGGGGGGAUUAAGCUGAUAGAUAUUAAUAAUGACAACCUGAGUGUGGUUUUUCCUGCCCUGAGAGAUCCACAAUGUAAAGUGGAGACACUGAGACUGACUGAAAUGGAUCUCAGCUCUGAGGAGUGUACAUCACUGGCCUCCUCCCUCCAGUCACCAGACUGUCCUCUGAGAGAGCUGCACCUGGGGGGGCAACAUCUGGGGAAGACGCUGUAUAUUCACAACUACCUGAGUGUUUUCUUUGAUGCCCUGAGAGGUCCACGAUGUAAACUGGAGACACUGAGACUUACUGACAUGUUGCUCGGUGCUCAGGACUGUGCAUCACUGGCCUCCUCCCUCCAGUCACCAGACUGUCCUCUGAGAGAGCUGCACCUGGAGGGGAUUAAGCUGUCUCACGAUUAUGAUCAUGGUGACCUGAGUCAUGUAUUUGCUGCCCUGAGAGGUCCACAAUGUAAACUGGAGACACUGAGACUGACUGAAAUGGAUCUCAGCUCUGAGGAGUGUACAUCACUGGCCUCCUCCCUCCAGUCACCAGACUGUCCUCUGAGAGAGCUGCACCUGGGGGGGCAACAUCUGGGGAAGACGCUGUAUAUUCACAACUACCUGAGUGUUUUCUUUGAUGCCCUGAGAGGUCCACGAUGUAAACUGGAGACACUGAGACUGACUGGCAUGAUACUCAGCCUUGAUGUCUGUUCAUCACUGGCCUCCUCCCUCCAGUCACCAGACUGUCCUCUGAGAGAGCUGCACCUGGGGGGGUGUAAGCAGUAUAUUUACAAAAACCUGAGUGUUGUCUUUGCUGCCCUGAGAGGUCCACAAUGUAAACUGAAGACACUGAGACUGACUGACAUGAUAAUCAGCCUUGAGGACCGUGCAUCACUGUCUGCUUCCGUCCUGUCACCAGACUGUUCUCUGGAUGAUCUGGAGGCGGAGGAUGUAGGGUGUAUGGAGUGGCUGGACGGAGUCUCUACUUGAUGGCUCUCACACCUCAUUGUGUAAUUUACUAAAUUGCUGAUAAGUAAGGGUCAAGAUUGUGGUGUGAUUGGUUGUUCUUGGGUGUAAAGGGAACUGUGAAGCAUUGUUCUGUGGAUUCUUGAUUUCCUUCUCCUCAGCUCUGGCUUGUCCUACUCCUCCUUCUCCUCAGUUCUGGCUUGUCUUACUCCUCCUUCCUCAGCUCUUGCUUUCUCUCUUAUUUGCAAUAAUCAUGGUAGCGUAGGUAAGAGUUUGUUUUAUUUUGUUCCUGUUCUCAUACAGGGACUACAGAACUACAGAAUAACUUUAUGCAAACAUGCUUUAUUAACGUACUCGCACGUGUCUCACAUACAGUAC